AUGGCUUCUCUUUUCAGUUCUUUCCUUCUAGCGCUCUGUCUCUUCGUGAUCCCAUCAUUCUCAUCUGACCCUGACCCUUUACAAGACUUUUGCGUUGGCGAUCUCAGAGCUUCUCCUUCCAUCAAUGGCUUCCCAUGCAAAUCAUCAGUCUCAGCAUCUGACUUCUUCUUCUCCGGCUUACGCGGUCCUCUAAACACCUCAAACCCUAACGGUGCCACCGUUGCUCCCGCCAACGUCUUAACGUUUCCUGGUCUAAACACUUUAGGAAUAUCAAUGAACAACGUUGAGCUCGCUCCAGGAGGUGUGAACCCUCCUCACUCGCACCCUCGUGCAACCGAAGCAGGAGUUGUGAUCGAAGGUUCGGUCUUUGUAGGGUUCUUGACAACGAACAACACUUUUUUCUCGAAAGUUAUUAACGUUGGAGAGAUGUUUGUUGUCCCUAGAGGUUUGGUUCAUUUCCAGUGGAACGUUGGUAAAGGCAAAGCGCGUUUGAUAACCGCUUUUAACAGUCAGCUUCCAGGAGUAGUGGUUCUGCCUAAUACUUUGUUUGGUUCAGUGCCUGAGAUUCCAAACGCCGUUUUAACGAAAACGUUUAGGACUGAUGAUGCAACUGUGAACAAUCUCAAGUCCAAGUUUGCUGUUUAA